AAGCAAUAAUCAGAAGAUCUGAGGCAGCGAGCAAACACCACAUAAAUUCAAGAACAAGAUUUCGUCUCGCCCCACCAAUGGAAAAACGAGAGGCAACGAGGAACAGAUGAAGAUGAAGUUUCAAGCUUCGUCGCGUUUCCCACUACCUCAGGGCGAAAUAAAAAUGAUCUUAUACCAUUUGCUUCUUAAUAUCUAAUUGUUCCAUGGAUCGGCAAUGUUUGGCUUAGUUUUGAUCUCAAUCCGUGUGUUCUUGUUAUAAUUUCGAGCAGGAUGAGAGGCUUUUGAAGCUUUUCCCAUCAUUCUUAUCAUUUGUUGGAUUUGAUUCAAAAUGUUGUCGGUUUGCUCGGCGUCUCCCAGCUGUUCUUCUCAAUCUAAGUUUACUUUCCACGGUGGCCGGAGACUCUUACUUCCAUACCAAAAGGAUAUUCAUGUUGGCAGCCAUGCUACAGAAGAAGGGAGCUUCAUGGGCUUGCUUCGUGGAACUCGUUUCCAUGGAGGUUUUCCUASAACUUAUGCCACAAGACCUUCUUUCUCUAAUUUGACUGCAAGCGCUAAACAGCCAUUAUUCAUGGGUGGAGUGAAAUAUGUAGAGAAUUCCAGUUUAUCUGAAGGAGGAGAGACACUCCUUAAUGUUUCUGGACAACCUGCUGAAAUUACAUCAGUUCAAGUUGUACCUGUAGAGAAUGAAACCGUUUUAACUGACAACAUUGCAUCCAAUAAAAUCCUCUCUGUCUCUGACUCCUUAAAUGUGGCUAAUAAUUCAGUAUCGAGCAUCAAAGCAAGUGCAGAGGAUUUUUUUGAUCGUGUCAGUGAGUCCUUCAAUGCUUCUAUACAAAAAGGAGAAAACACUAUCGAGAAAUCAUUGGAUACAAUUAAUUCAUCCAUAUCAACCGUGGUUAAACAGGCCAAUCAAACUGUAGAUGAUGCCUUCAAUGGUAUAUUUUCGUCUGCUGAUCAGGUUGGGGAACAAGGUCGUAAUAAACUGACCAACUUUUCAACUGGAUUUAAGGAAAGCUCGAUUAAGGCUUCUGGUUUUGCAAUUGACUUACUAAGACAUGCAGUUGUUGCAAUUGAGGAUUCUCUGAUAAAUUCAACUUCAUUUGUUGUCUACACCUAUGGAUCAGUCAAGGAACUCUUUCCUCCUGAGAUCAGGAAUGCUCUAAGUUCGUCCGAGCAAAGAGCAGCUGAAAUCUUGAGCCCUGUCAAAACUGGUUUUCAACAGGCUUACCUAACUGUUGAGAGUUUGGAGAAAACCCUUGGCUUAGAUCCAAGUGAUCCCCUUGUUCCAUUUUUGCUCCUCCUUGGAACCUCCGUCACUCUGUGGGUUUUCUAUUGGACAUGGACAUAUAGUGGUUAUUCUGGAGAUUUAUCCCCUCAAUCAACCUUUGAGCUCCUGAAAGGAUCAGAAAAUGCUGUUCUUAUUGAUGUCCGGCCUGAGGAUUUGAGAGAAAAAGAUGGCAUUCCAGAUCUAAGACGCCGAGCACGAGCUCGUUAUGCAAGUGUAACCCUACCAGAGGUUGAUGGCUCUAUAAGGAAGUUAGUGACGAGUGGAAGAGACCUUGAUGACACUUUACUUGCAUCUGUCAUCCGGAACUUAAAGAUUGUUCAGGACAGGUCCAAGGUCAUUGUCAUGGAUACCAAUGGYACAGGUUCUAAAAAUAUUGCUAGAUCAUUGAGGAAACUCGGGGUUAAGAAACCAUACUUGAUCCAAGGUGGAUUUCAGUCUUGGGUGAAACAAGGCCUCCGCAUCAAGGAGCUCAAAUCUGAAACCGCGCUUAGCAUACUUAAUGAGGAAGCUGAGGCAAUCCUGGAGGAAAUAAGUCCAUCUCCUGUGCAAGUUCUCAGUUAUAGUUUGGGUCUCGCUGCAACUUUGUAUGCUUUACUAGAAUGGGAGACUUCGCUUCAAAUAAUUGGCAUUAUUGGCCUUGGUCAGACAAUUUAUCGGCGGGUCACAUCUUAUGAAGAUGCUGAAGAUUUAAAGAAAGAUGUGAGGCUGUUGUUUACUCCGGUCAGUCUUGGAGCUCAGGCAUUAUCGUGGGCUGCCGAGAAAUUGGAGACGAAUGGCGUUGGAUUACCGACAUCUCCUUCCUCCUUGGAUGUUCAAAACAGGGUGUUGCAGGCUGCUGCAAAGCACGAAUCUCAGCCCUCGGUCGAUGAAGGCGUCCAAAACAGAUCGCCGGAAGCAACAAUCCCAGUCAGUGAGAGUGUAGACCUUUCUGAGGCAUAGGACACGACAAGAUUUUCUGGCAGUCAAUAAUGGUUUAUGAUGAAAGCUCCUUGUUCUGAACUUGAUUGCUGAUCCAAGUAGUCUUAAAAAGUGUAGCAAGAUGAAAUGAAUGGCUUGGAUAAGCUGCUCAAGAAAUAUAGUGAGCUACUAAUGAAUUUGCCUUUUCUUCUCUCUCUCUUCAGAAAAGAUGUAGAGUUCUUUGCACAUACUAAUUCAAUAUUGCUAAAUCUACUGUUUUCUCUUGCGUUUUGCAUAUUAUGAUUCUUAGUCAAUGAUAAAAUAUGGCAUUAUUGGUGGCAA